CAGUGAUUUGACCUUUAAGGUCGCGAGACUUCGCGAGAGUGGAGAGUGUGUUUCUCCGCCGCCAUAUUUGCCCUUGGUUCCACCAUGCCGAUCCUAAACCUUGGCCACAAAUGGGACCACUGGAUGCUAUCUGGCGCCAGUAGUGAUGAAAAUGGACAAACUCACAGGUGUUUCCAUUUUGAGAAGAAAGAACGGCUGAGGAUCAUCCGUGAAAGGAGGGACAAACUGAUCAAGGAGGGCAAGUACACACCACCGGAGUACGCUCGGGAAACACUCCCGCAGUGAACAGAAGAAACAUCAACAAAUCUAGACAUACAUAGCUGGUAUAUAUAGCCAACAAAGAGGUUUCAGUGAUGUGAAUCUAUAUGUCACUUUUACUUGACCAAACUGCACCAGAACAAAACAAAACUUCAGCUGUACAUUAUUUCACUACAUGUCAACUUUGACCAGUAUCGCUUGUGAUACAAAGUGGCACCCUGAAAUAUGUUAACUAACUACAUUGAAAUUGAACAACAAGUAGAUGUGAUGGGAUUUCAUUGGAACUUUUGAUUGACAUGUUGAUUGCUUUUGUUGUUAUUUGUCAAUAUUGCCAAUAUCUAAGCUACUUGUUCCCUACUGAUCUAUUGUCAAGUAAUGCCACACUGGAUCAGUUACAUGUGUAACACUCUAGAUCUGAAAGGAAAUGAUGGAUUGAAGUAAAGAUGGUAGAAUGAAAUGUAAGAAUUGUCUUGAA